CCAAAAAACAACAACAACAACAACGACGACGAUGUCGGUCUACAGCACUCCGCAGAGACCGCAGCAGCCGUUCAGCCAAUCUCCCUUUGCCAGCUCCCUUUACAAGGCUGCCUCUGAAUCUACCCUCUCCAAUGCAACCCCGGCAUCGCCUCGACUAUCUUCUUUUUCAACUCCUCAAUCGAAACUCAUGACACCCGUAGCCUCACCGGCCUCAUUUCACACACCCACAUCCCCUCCCCACCAAACGCCAACGGGAGCUUGGAAACAUCCUGCUCUGGAAACCUUGGCUGCGGACCGCAGCAUUUGCGUAGCUGGGCCUGAACGCACGAAAAGGAUCAUAUGGAACGCUUUGGCAAUGUUGGUGUUCCGAUGGAUCUCCAAUGCUAUUGCGGAAUCUGAAUCCCUGGCAGCCUACUUUCCCUCUUCUUCGAGUAUUCCUACAUAUUCGACGGGAGCCUAUUAUGCUAUUCAGUGUCUUUUUGUCUACAACAUUGUGCAAACUGUUGCGAUGUUUCUCUUCCCGAGCGAGCCGUCUUCGACCGCUGCCUUGACACCAGAUCAGCGCAAGCUGUUGGGUCUGGAAGGAAAUGUUCAUUUCAACUCCGCGACCGGCGCUCAAGUAGUUACACCGCCUCGUUACCAGCGCCAGACACCGCAAAGUCAAAGAUUACGCACACUCUCGACUUCUCAAAAGGCAUCUCCGUCUGGUUCACCACAAGCAAAGCAUUCUCCCUCGCAGCCCUCUCCACUUCGCGAGUCUUACUCUAGUGCUGCAACUGCUUCUGUAUUUGGCAGCUCAAUUGGUGCAUCAAGGAUCUUACAUUCAUCAACUUCCGCUUAUAACAGCGUUCGCUCGCCAGCCAGCGUGACGAGGAACUUGGAACGGUUGUUCAAGGAGGAAAAAACGAAGGCUUAGACGAGUGUAACGGCGAGAUAAUGUUUUGCUAUUCUAGAUGUUCACUACCACAAAUACAAUGCUCUUAGUGGCCG